GCAAAUGCUGAUGCCGCUUCUGUGGUCCUUUCCACUCGGAGGAGAAAUCUCUUAUCCCCACCCCCAAGCCCACCUCUAGGAUGUAAGUAAUGGUGAGAAGAUGAGGAUGAAAACAGAGCGCUGUGAGUGACUGGAAAUCCAGCAGCCCGGUUUAGCUGCAGUGUUAUGUAGGAGUCGUUUCCAGACUUCUUACCUUUGCUUUUUCGGCACAAACUGCUUGCAGGUUUUCGAAGGCUGUGAAAGGACUUACCGUUUGUGUGUUUGUGCUUUCUGUGCAUCAGCACAUUACCUUGCUUUUCCCCUGGACAGCUGUGUUCAGAGCUUCAUGUGGGAAUCUUUCUACUGAAGAGAGAUAAAAAGGAUCCUUGAUCUGAUUCUCUUUGGAUCUUUCUAUUUUUAUGGUAUAAAUUUGUCUAUUCAUGGGGCUGAAAAGCGUGUGCAAGUCUGUCAGAGGAGAACUGCAGCGAGCUACCCAGUGUCACAGCAUCCCCCUGUGGAUGGGCAUCCCUCGAUCCCACAAGCCAGAGGGUCAAUAAAAAUGGAAGCCUCCUCUUCUGGAUCUACGAUUUCAUCAGUCACUGGUGGAAAAGCAAAAACCCAUCAGCCAGAAGGAAGAGAGGAUUUGCAGGUUAACCAGCUGGAAACGCAAAUAUGGAUAAAACCAGACAUACAGAAGACAGAUGUGGACUUUUCAGAAAUUCUUAAUGCAAUACAAGAAAUAGCUAAGGAUGUCAACAUUUUUUUUGAUGAGUUAGAAGGUGUGAACAGCCCUUCCAAAGAUGAUGAUUCCCUGCUUCACCAUGGUAACUUGACCAGUACUUCUGAUGAUGCCAGCAGGCUGGAAGUUGUGGGAGAGGAAGUACCUGAUAAGAACAAAACCAAUGGACUAUAUUUUAGAGAUGGGAAAUGUCGGAUUGACUACAUCCUUGUGUAUAGAAAAUCUAAUCCACAGACAGAGAAGAGGGAAGUAUUUGAGAGAAAUAUCAGAGCAGAAGGACUCCAAAUGGAAAAAGAAUCAUCCCUAACAAACAGUGACAUCAUCUUUGUGAAACUGCAUGCCCCUUGGGAGGUCCUGGGCAAAUAUGCUGAACUAAUGAAUGUAAGAAUGCCUUUCAGGCCCUUUAACCCCUUCAAUGCUGGAGCCCCCUGCAUACUUGUGCGCUGCUGUUUUUUAAAUGGACAUUUCAUUGAAAUCAAUGGGAGGUCGAGAAGAUCCAGGAGAAAAAUCUAUUACCUGCAUCGCCGAUACAAGUUCAUGAAUAGGAUCGAGAAACAGAUAAGCAGGUUCCGAGGAUGGCUGCCCAGAAAGCCAAUGAAACUGGACAAGGAAACACUGCCAGAUCUGGAGGAGAAUGACUGCUAUACUGCUCCAUUCAGCCAACAAAGGAUUCAUCACUUCAUAAUACACAACAAAGAUACUUUCUUCAAUAAUGCUACAAGAAGUAGAAUUGUACACCAUAUCUUACAAAGAGUGAAAUAUGAAGAAGGGAAAAACAAAAUUGGUCUGAAUCGAUUGCUCAGUAAUGGCUCCUAUGAAGCUGCAUUUCCUCUUCAUGAGGGAAGUUACAGAAGUAAGAAUUCAAUAAAAACCCAUGGAGCAGAAAACCACAGACACCUGCUCUAUGAGUGCUGGGCUUCCUGGGGAGUGUGGUAUAAAUACCAGCCCCUGGAUCUUGUAAGACGGUACUUUGGUGAGAAAAUCGGGCUAUACUUUGCCUGGUUAGGCUGGUACACAGGGAUGCUCUUCCCAGCUGCCUUCAUUGGAUUAUUUGUGUUUUUGUAUGGAGUCACCACUUUGAACCACUGCCAAGUCAGUAAAGAAGUCUGCCAAGCUACAGAUAUCAUAAUGUGCCCUAUAUGUGAUAAAUACUGCCCCUUCAUGAGGUUGUCAGACAGCUGCAUUUAUGCCAAGGUAACCCACCUCUUUGACAAUGGAGCUACCGUCUUUUUUGCUGUUUUCAUGGCAGUGUGGGCCACUGUUUUUCUGGAGUUUUGGAAAAGAAGGCGAGCAGUAAUUGCUUAUGACUGGGACUUGAUAGACUGGGAAGAAGAAGAGGAGGAAAUACGUCCUCAGUUUGAAGCCAAAUACUCCAAGAAAGAACGGAUGAACCCCAUAUCUGGGAAGCCAGAGCCUUAUCAAGCAUUUGCAGAUAAAUGCAGCAGACUCAUCGUUUCUGCAUCUGGAAUAUUUUUUAUGAUCUGUGUGGUGAUUGCUGCUGUUUUUGGCAUUGUUAUUUACCGUGUUGUGACUGUCAGCACUUUUGCUGCCUUUAAGUGGGCUUUAAUCAGGAAUAACUCUCAGGUUGCAACUACAGGGACUGCAGUGUGCAUCAACUUUUGCAUCAUCAUGCUCCUGAAUGUGCUGUAUGAAAAAGUUGCUCUUUUCCUGACAAAUUUAGAGCAGCCUCGUACGGAAUCGGAGUGGGAGAACAGCUUCACUCUGAAAAUGUUUCUUUUUCAGUUUGUCAAUCUGAACAGCUCUACCUUUUAUAUAGCAUUCUUCCUUGGAAGAUUUACAGGACACCCUGGUGCCUACCUAAGGCUGAUAAACCGGUGGAGGCUGGAAGAGUGCCACCCUAGUGGAUGCCUUAUUGAUCUCUGUAUGCAAAUGGGCAUUAUAAUGGUGUUAAAGCAGACAUGGAAUAAUUUCAUGGAAUUGGGAUAUCCGCUAAUUCAAAACUGGUGGACCAGGAGGAAACUACGGCAAGAGUAUGGCACACAGGGAAAAACAAGCUUCCCACAGUGGGAAAAGGACUAUAAUCUGCAGCCUAUGAAUGCUUAUGGACUCUUUGAUGAAUACCUAGAAAUGAUUCUUCAGUUUGGGUUCACAACCAUUUUUGUGGCAGCUUUUCCACUGGCACCACUUCUGGCCUUACUAAACAAUAUUAUUGAAAUUCGGCUUGAUGCUUACAAAUUUGUCACUCAGUGGAGAAGGCCUUUAGCUUCAAGAGCCAAAGAUAUAGGCAUCUGGUAUGGGAUCCUGGAAGGCAUUGGAAUUCUUUCGGUUAUCACAAAUGCAUUUGUUAUAGCAGUGACGUCAGAUUUCAUCCCUCGCCUUGUUUAUGCUUACAAAUAUGGACCCUGUGCUGGCCAAGGAGAAGCAGGACAAAAGUGUAUGGUUGGCUAUGUCAAUGCCAGUUUAUCAGUAUUUCUGGUGUCUGACUUUGAAAACCGUUCAGAGCCAACAUCAAAUGGAAGUGAAUUCUCUGGUUCACCAUUAAAAUAUUGCAGGUACAGGGACUACCGGGACCCCCCGCACUCGCCCGUGCCCUACGGUUACACGCUGCAGUUCUGGCACGUCCUGGCAGCACGCUUGGCCUUCAUUAUUGUGUUCGAGCACCUUGUCUUUUGCAUAAAGCAUCUGAUCUCCUACUUAAUUCCAGAUCUUCCAAAAGAUCUGAGAGAUCGAAUGAGGAGAGAAAAGUACCUGAUUCAGGAAAUGAUGUAUGAAGCUGAACUAGAACGUCUGCAAAAAGAGCGGAAGGAAAGGAAAAAGAAUGGAAAAUCUUAUCACAAUGAGUGGCCAUGACAGGAUGAGGAAGAAACUGCUUAAAGGAAGAUAAGAACUCUUGUUUAUAAAAAAAAUCCUGGUUUUCUACAGCAGAGAGUGCACUGAAAGGAAUAGUCAGUAACGUGUGCAUUUAGCACAUGUGUGUCCCUCUUCAAUAGGGUGGAUUUUGUCAUAAGCCUUUUGAAAUUAGAGGUGUUUCCAAGGCUUAGUCUACUCCAGAGCUGAUGUCAACAUGAGCACAUCAGACCAACACUAAGUCUCUGCACUCUUGCCAGGAAGUUCCCAGGCCCUGACUAAAACUCGGGGCCCUGAACUUCAAAGCAGUUACACAACUUCCAGUGCUUUACAGAACUUGGUGAUCUUCCGGCUCAUUCUCAUGAAGUUGCUACUUCACAAGCAGUGACUGCGCCUUGGCAACAUGGCAGUGUUAGUCUGUGUGUGUGGCCACCACCUGCAGCACGUGCAUGGCAGCGUUGCUCUCCUCCACAGCGGACCCAACCGCGUUAGUUUGCAUUUGCCACCAGUUAAGGUCACGUAGCUGGACCAACCAUUUCCAUUGCUCAACAACACUGAAGUAUUAUCUAGAAGGAGAUGCAUGAUCAUGAGUCCGAUCAACUGGCCUGACAAUGCUGAAAAAUGUAGGCAUCAGAAGUGCAGAUAGCCAAGCAUCUGAAUGUGGCCAGAGGUAUCUAGCUGUAGGGUCAUUUAUUUGGAAAUGACGCUGUGAAAAGCUGGGAAUAGAUGUUAAAGUUUUGAAUAGUGCCUUUUCAGCUAUAGGACUGUCUGGUGUCUGGAGGAAUGAAAUCAGGUUAGGGCAUCUUGCCCAGAACUGCCCACGGAUUUGUGUUGCCAGAUCACACUGAGGCCUAGUCAGGAAUUAGGGUGUACUUACACAUGUAACACACGUCAGACAGUGUCUUAAAGAUCUAUCUGCCUAAGUAAAACAAACAAAAAAAGGCAGAUGAACAAGGUGAGCAGAAUAAAACACCAUCAUCCAGAAUAUCUACACUUGUAGCACUUUCUGUAUUUAUCAUUCCAUUAUCUAUGAAGGGGUGGAGGGAAAAACCAAAACAACAGACUGUAGUAUGAAACAACUUGAAAUCCCUAAUGCAGAGCAAUUCUGCACAGGCUGCAAAUGAGACUUGGGCAAAAUAAGCCACUUUCAGUAUCCUUUAGCAAAUUCCUUAAUACUGAGAAAUUUAAAAUUUAUGAUUUAAUUAAGAAAUUCAUAAUUUCCAGACUAUUAACCCAAAAGAGUGGACUCGUAGCUUUGAAGACAUCAUAAGUGUUGGAUAGA